AUGUUAAAGAGUGCUUCCAAAGUGACUAUUAAUACUGGAAAUGUCCUUAACUUGAUCGACAUUAAGAAAAAGGCUGGACAAAAUGUUACUGAAGAGCUAUCUGAAAGCAUAAAGCUGACGUUAUCCGAAUGGGGAACGCAGAACGGUGCGCCUAUUCAAAAUGGUACUAUCAAUGAUGAUAACCAUCCCAGAACAUCUCACAACAACUCUAACUACAUGGUAGUAUCAACAUCAACUGCUCCAAGGGAGGCUGUACUGAACAUAACCAGACCGCAUGAUGACGUACAGAACAAAAUGGCGGAAGAGGAGCGAAAGAAUUUAAAGAUUGGCGUUAAGAUUUUCAUCAACGAAGACAGUACUAUAGCUUUGAAGGAAUGCUUGGAAAAUGUAUUCACAGCGUUACGCACCGAGUUCAUAGAGAACGUUAUACUGGCAUACAAUCCAGACAUAUUGUAUAAAGAAGAACCGCGGGACGAUACGAAUACCAGCCUUAGAAACACAUUCCCCAAAGUCUCGCCAAUAUCUCUCGGCAGUAAUGUUGGUCGGUUACCCAGUACAGAAAUGGAAGCGGACAGCGAGGCGGACGCGAGAAAAUGCGAAGCUAUACUUCCCGGUAUCAAAGUGUUGUGGGCCGUCCUAGAAGAUUACGUUAAAGAAGGUCGUGUGCAACAACUAGGCGUGGCUGAUGUGGGCGGCGGUUGCCUUAGGAAGCUGCACGGGUGGGCGCGCGUGAAGCCCACUAUUGCCCAGAUCAAUCUCGCCUCGUGCUGCGUGGUGCCGCCAUCUUUGCACGCGUUCUGUCGUGCGAACGACGUGCAACUGUUGACACACGCUGAUCCACCCGAUCUACUUUCUCUAGCAGCGGUGAAGACCCUAUCGGACGCGGGAGUCGGUUGCAACAAUCUGGACUGGUGCGCGAGGUACCAGGUUCAUAUCAAGUGUAGAGGAGUACUGGCGCUCAAGGGAUACGUCUGUAAAGCAACACUCGGCAAUGGUAUUGAAAGUAAAAAGUAG